UAUGUCAUCAAAAGUAUGGAUAAGGUUUGAGAAGCAGAAGAGAGACGGGACAUUGAUGAGGCUGAGGAUACAGGACCUGCCGCCGGAGAGGAUCGAGGAAGCCACGGAGCUCAUGGUCAGGUACUUCGCCAGGGAUGAGCCUUAUCGAAAAGCAACAGGUUUUCCAAAUAACCCGGAGGCAUUAGAAGAAUAUAGAGAUUAUAUAAACAAAAUACUCCGUGACCCUGCGAGUCGCAAUGUGAUGUGCUGCGCUGAUACUGACGCGGGUGAACCAUAUAUGAUCGGGAUAUCCUCGGUGGCUGUAGCUACCGAAUCUUAUUGGGACAUGACCGCCGGCAAAGGAACAGAAGAAGCUAAGAAGAUUAGCGCGAUAUUCUACGACGUGUCCCACUCGUUCGACCUGUUGAAGGAGUUCAAUAUUACUUCAUAUUAUUCCGGAAAAUCUCUGGUAGUCGUGCCGGAGUACAGGGGUUACGGGAUCGCGCAGAAGUUCCUGACAGUGAGACGCCUAAUGUGUGGAGCCCACGGCAUACCCAUGACAGCCGCAUGGAUGUCCACGUUCGCGACCCAGAUCGCCGCAGAAAAAGACGGCUGGCUGACUCUCUGUGAGCUGGACUACGCGGACAUAGCUCGGAGGCAUGGCGUUAGCUUUGAGGGGGUACCCCCCACUAAUAAAUACAUGGCGGCUUGGCCUCUUUCUGAAUCAAAUAGCCUUGAUAAAUAAACUUCUUGUAAAUA